CUUCUACUGAGCUGGAUUUUCGAGGGAAAGAUUUACAAUGGGGUCUUUUAAGACCUGGGCCAUCGCUGGUGUCGUCAUUUCUACGAUGGUUGUGGUCGUUGUGGUCGUUGUUACUUCUGUGAGUUCUAAAAAAGAUUUCAGAGAAACAUUCAUGAAGAGGUGCUUGGAGUUUCCAGAAAACCAAACCAUCUGUGAAAACCUUUGGACUACCUUUGAACAAGCCUACGUAGGGAUAGACAAAUGUAACGUUUCUGAAGAAAACUACGGUCCGUUCUUAGCUGAGAUUUCCUUCAAGCAUCCAUGUGGCGAGACGAUGUUCUGGAGCAAAACCUAUGAUUUGGUCCAUGAAUUCACCGAGGAGACAGGAUGUUUGUUCACGCUGGAGGACACUUUGUUGGGACACUUGGUGGAUGGGCUGAGCUGGUGUGGGAAGAGGGGCAGUAAAGAAACUUUCACUCAAAACUGCGAGGACUGUGAGUACUACAACCCUGUGAGUUCAUUCUGGAGAGCAGCCUCCACCAGAUUUGCCCAGCAUGCCUGUGAGGAGGCGUCAGUGAUGCUUGACGGUGAGAGAACAGAACCAUACGAUUCAAACAGUUUCUUUGGAGGUGUAGAGGUCCCAAAUCUUCAACCAUCCAAGGUUAAAAGCCUCACUGUCGUCCUGGUCUCCAAGGAGGACAGAGGAAACUGUACCUGUGAAUCCUUGGGGAGUUUGAGGAAGGACCUGGAUUCAAGGAUUGGUUGUACCUGUGAGGCCGUCACUCAGUCACAUGUGGAGACGUGCAUAAAAACAGGCGCGCCCUGUGGAGGCUGCUGGUGAAGACGUCUGUGUUUAAUGUGAAAUGAUAACACAGGACAAAAGAAAGCUGCUUU